AUGCCAAGCACUUCGAGCAUCUUCGACGACUGGCGAAUGCGUCCUGCGGAACCCACCUUUCCUGCGGAGAGUCGCCAGAAGAGGGCGGCGAUCUUCGGGCGGCCUUCAGAAAGUCCUAUGAACGUGUUCAGCCGCUUUGGCAGCGGAAAUGUUCCCUUGUUCGAAGGCAGCGUGGUUUCGGCCGCAUCCAGAGAGGGUUCCCUGACAUGGCCCGUCACUCUGUGGAUGACGCAGUUAUUCUUGGGGGUGCUGAACGUGCCGUACCAGGUGUUACGCGCCCAGGUGUCGACCGAGCUGAAAGCCAACGCCGCCCAGGAGUUCAAUGGCCCGCAGUCUAAUGUUCAGGUCCUUCUUGUUACCUCCAAAGAAGUUAAAGCCCUAGCAUGA